AUGGACUCCAGCGAGGCUUUAGUACCGCAAUCUUUCAUGGCCGAGUCUCAGGGCCGAGUCUCAGGGCCGAGUCUCAGGGCCGAGUCUCAGGGCCGAGUCUCAGGGCCGAGUCUCAGGGCCGAGUCUCAGGGCCGAGUCUCAGGGCCGAGUCUCAGGGCCGAGUCUCAGGGCCGAGUCUCAGGGCCGAGUCUCAGGGCCGAGUCUCAGGGCCGAGUCUCAGGGCCGAGUCUCAGGGCCGAGUCUCAGGGCCGAGUCUCAGGGCCGAGUCUCAGGCCCGAGUCUCAGGCCCGAGUCUCAGGCCCGAGUCUCAGGCCCGAGUCUCAGGCCCGAGUCUCAGGCCCGAGUCUCAGGGCCGAGUCUCAGGGCCGAGUCUCAGGGCCGAGUCUCAGGGCCGAGUCUCAGGGCCGAGUCUCAGGGCCGAGUCUCAGGGCCGAGUCUCAGGCCCGAGUCUCAGGCCCGAGUCUCAGGCCCGAGUCUCAGGCCCGAGUCUCAGGCCCGAGUCUCAGGCCCGAGUCUCAGGCCCGAGUCUCAGGCCCGAGUCUCAGGCCCGAGUCUCAAUAA